AACGAGGCUAACGUGACGUCACGCUGUUAUUCCGUGUUUUGAGUUUAAGUUUAAGAUGGGGGGCCAGCAUUCUCAAUUCACGGAAGAAGAACUGAAAGAUUAUCAGGUAAAAGUUCUAUCUCCGAACGAACUAUUUACUCCAUCCGUUUUUUAAUCUUUUCACUGAUAUUACUUGGGUUUCUGGUGGGAAAAAAACGUAAACAUUCUCUCAUUUGGAUGUGUCUUCAUGCUGCAGGAACUGACGUACUUUACUCAAAAGGAAAUCUUACAGUAAGUUUCUGCUUAGCUUUACACGAUUUACGAGAAAUUAAUUCGUCGAUAUGGUAUUUUUUAUAAAUUCGAGGGUUAGAAUGUUUUAUGACUAAAAUUAAUGAGGUUUUUUAGAGUGCAUCAGCUUGAUUGAGCCGCUGUAAAUCAAAUUUUAACUUCAAACGAGAAACUUAAUCACAACGUAAUUCGUGUCUUCUAAUAACGAUGGGUCUUUGCACGCCUUCGAGGUAGAUUUCAUUUUCAAGAAACAUUCUCAGGUGACUUUUCACAUGCUGACCUUUUUUAGUUGCUAUGUUUAAAAUGUCAAUUUUACUGGUUAGAGUAGUAGUUAUUAACAUAUUAUACAUGUUAGGUUGUCUAAGAGAGACAUACAUGUAAGAUUGCAUUUUAAAUCAUAUAAUCAUUUCAUUAAUACCUUAUUUUACUCCUAUAGUUGUCAUAAAAGAUUUUCACAACUUGAUGCAGACGCUGUGAGACUUAACAAAAAUGCAAAACUUCCAUCAAGAAAGAUCAUGACCUUACCAGAGCUAAGGGUAUGUAAUCUACUGUUCUUAUUUUUCCAUUUUAAACUAGUCAGAGUAACUUCAAGAGCAGCAUAGAGUCAGGGUUUAAUGCUUACCUGUGUUUUAUAAUGUCACUAGUAGGAUUUUUACCAGUUGUAUCUGAUUCUUACUCUUUUCAAGAUAAAAUUUGAACAAUGAUGUCUGGUUAUUUUAUUAUCCAGGUGAAUCCCUUUAAAGACAGAAUUUGUAAAGUAUUUUCCUCAUCCAAGGAUGGAGAACUGACAUUUGAAGAUUUCCUGGAUAUGAUGUCUGUUUUCAGUGAAAAUGUGAGUUUACAAGCUUUCCUAAAAUGGUGAAUAUUUUAGGAUUAAAGACUGACCUGAGUGUGUCGAAAGAAGAAAUACUGAAUGCAUUGACUUUAGACUAAACAAAACCUCUUUUUGGGUUUAAAUUUUCAGGUAUCAGUAUGUCCCUAAUAAAAUUGGUUUUAUAAAGCUUUGUAGACUGAAAUUUGAAAAGUUUGAUUUGGAUUUAACAUAAUCAACAAAUACACAUUGAAUCUUAUCACCUCUCUUUACAAGGCUGUGUGUGAUAAAAAAAAUAUGUUUCUUAAAUUUCUUGUUUACUUUGGCCGAUUUUUAAACUUUCAAGGAGAGAAAACAUUAUUUUAAAGAGAUGGAACACAGAAAAAUUGCACAGAUCCUGAGUCCUGUAAUAUCAGGCCACCUUUUUGGCUAUCUCAAGUAUUUUACUUAGAGUGACUGUUGUUGGAGUUCAGAGAACCUUAAUCAGUAUAGCAAUUAGAUUUGCUAGCCUUUGGCCAGCCAUUUGUUCUGUUUUCUACUCCAAAACUGUUUUUUAUCCCAGAAAUCUGUCUCAGACAUAGAGGAAAGGUACUCAGUGAGGGGGAGAUUGCUGUUAGUUGUGUUUGUUGUUAUACCCCUCCUGUGUGAUUCUAACCCGUUCUUUUCCUUUACCUUAGGCUCCUAAGAGUGUAAAAGUGGAGUAUGCUUUUAGGAUUUAUGGUAGGUUUGACACUGAGUAACUGCAAUUUCUAUGAAAAGGUAUUAUUCUAUUUCUUUAAUCCUCUUUUCAUUUGCUUUUUGUGUCAUUUGAAAUAACUAAGAAUUCAGAAGAUUUUGAAACUUGCAUACACUGUAAGUAAUGUAGACUCCUGUUCUAAUUGAUGACAAAAGUAUAUGAUUUAAAAAUUUUGUGACAUUUGAUAUCCUCAUGUUAUUGUUGUUGAAGGGGGGGGGAAAGUGAAAUUCUGCUUAUUUAAUAGUAAAAUCAAGUGUAGGGUAUCUUUAAUCUGAAGGUCUUUUUUAGUGACAUGAACAAAGCAACAUACAAAUUCAGCAUAAUCUCUGUAAAAAGCCACAGGCCACAACAAAGUAGUAGACACAUUUCCAGUGAAAUUGUGGAUUAUUUUUUUUUUGCAAUGCAUGUGGGGGCAGUCUUUUACAAAUUCCACAAUCUGAUUGGUUUUGAGAGCAUGCAGUAUACUCCCAAUUGGCAUGCUCACAGUGGAUGGCAUUCUAUCCAUUGCUUGUUGAGUUGCUAGAGACAUCCUUAGCUUUGUUGCAAAUUUUCAUAAAUAACUUUGUUUUUCCAUCUGGGCAGCAUUUCCAAGCAAAGAUUUUGGUCACAACCUUUAGCCAAUAAAUAAAUAACUCAAUUCUCUCUCUCUCUCUCUCUCUCUCUCUCUCUCUCUCUCUCUCUCUCUCUCUCUCUCUUUAGAUUCAUGAGUGAGUGUUUGCUACGCGUUUUCUCUAUGCCUAUUUAAAUUAAGUAGUUUUUUUUUUUUUAAAGUAUUUAACAAUUCUAGCCAAAAAGAAUAUUGCUUUUUAGCUCUCUUCUAUGCAAAACCAACGUUAUUAAAGUUUAAUUGUUGUUCGCAUUUCGUCACUGAAAAGUCAGAAGGUAGCAAAUACCCAAACCUAGGUACAUCAAUCAUUUUUUUAUAAAAUUAAAAAACUUUUCCGGAUAUCAAAGGUCUUCUAAAUGUUCUUCUUUGCCGUAAAAGCCUUCUGAGUUCUGUCGUUUUAAAAUUUUUUCUGUGAAGACCAUUUUUAGCAAAAAGUGCGCUUCUGGGUAUGUAGGUGUACAAGACUUGAAACUUUGGAACCCAAACAUUUCUAAAAAUGCGUUUUUCGCAUUAUUUCACUUUUAGUUCAUUCUAAUGCCAUGAUUUUCGCAUGCAUGGAUGACGCAUUAUUUUUUAAGAAUUUACAACGUGUUUACAAGCUAUUCCAUUCAUUUUUAUCAAUUUUACGAGCGAAAUUCUGCAUGUAGCAAAUACCCAUUUUAUGUAGCAAAUACCCACUUGUAAGUAGCAAAUACCCACUUUGCCAAAUUGAUGGGACAUUUUUACUUAUAAAACUUGAAUAAAGCGGAAUUCUGGUAAUUUGUUUGCAUAGCUAAAAGACGCCUUGUGAAAGGGAACAUGGAAAAUAAUUUAAACAUUUUUUAAAAGUGUUAUUAUUUGAAUUAAAGCAGAAAUAUCGUGACUGAGCGACAUUCAAGUUAAAAAGAGAAGCGGAGCAAUAUUGACAGUUAAGAUGAUUUCCCUGCCUAGUGUACUAAUUGAAUUAACAAAAUAAAGCUUUUUUAGACCAUUUUUUACUGAUCACGUGGACAACAACAAUUUUUUUCACGUCGGCAACGUAGGGGGUGGUUACCCAAUCCCCCGAGCCUAAUGGCUCAUGUUAAAAACGCUCGACAAAGAUGAUAAAAACGCAAAAAUAUCACUUAGCUCCCGAUGCUGAACUUCCCCUGAAACCCUACCAGCCCUAAUCACCUAACAUUAUAGCCCUAACCCCAAGCCUAAUUACCAAUUCAUAACCCUACCUCUACAAUUGUAUACUAAUACACUUAUAGGCUUACAGCCAAGCGUAGUUAUGCGAGAUAGGCCAGACUUAAAUUCCGAUAAAGUGGUUGCUGAUUUAAUUGAAGAUGGUAACUGGUUCCAAGAAUGAGAGAUAGUGUAUGAAAAGAGCUCUGAAUAUGGCUAGAGGUAUUUACAGGCUGGGAAACAUUAAAACAGAGGAGCGCAAAUUGUAAUGACAGACUCUAGGUGUAAAAAAAAUUAGAAAUAUACGAAGCUUCCUGUCGCUUGUAUACCUUAAACAUGAUUAAAGACGCAGUAAAACGUCUUGGGUUAAGGUGUCCAUACUAGCAGGCCUGAGACAGUCUUUGUACUCAGUAGAUCUACUUAAAUUAAGCACAGUUCUUAACGCGUAAAAAUACAUUUUUCCAGCUUAUUUUUUCAGGGAAGUAGAUUCCCAACAAAAGAGGGAACAGUAAAUGAUACCCUUUCAUGUACAGGGAUUCCACCUUAAGUUUGCUAGCACAAAAUUUAGAUACUCUUACUAAAUGCGCAAACGGCUAAUUUUCAGAAGAGACAUGACGCUUUACUUUACAAACAUGGCCACUGGUUUUUCGAUAGAUUUUAUUGCUGUUAAUUGGAUUUAUGAGCAAAACUCUACACCUAGCAAAUUCCCAUUUUAUGUAGCUUAUCACAUACAGGGCAAAAUUACUAAGUGCUGAUUGGCUGAGACAGAGGGCAUUUUUCUUAAUCACGAGGGUACUUUUGGUAAUCAAAAGGGCAUGAUUACUUGAUCUUGAUUGGUUUAAAGUUGCUUUGUAAUGAAGUUAUUGCUUAGAUUUGUUGCCGAUUAAAAUUUUCUGCAACAAUGGCUUCCCAUUUUGUUGAAGAGUUUAUUGAGGAACUACUAAACACAAGUGAGCACAAAAACACAAAAAAGAAGUACGGACUACUGGACUAACAUUUUUCCAACAAUGGGCAAAGACAAGAGGAGGAAAAAAAAUGAGCAAUGUCGCGGCAUUGAACGGGCUUCCUAAAAAAAGAAUAACGUCGCGCGUGAAUGGAUUCCCGCGAUAAUUUUGCCCUUUAUGUGAUAAACAAAAAAAAUCGCAAGUGCCCUCGGGCAAUUAAGGAUUAAUUUCACUGGUGUUUUCAAAGUUUGGAAAUACGCGUGAAAUUAAUCCUUAAUUGCCUGAGGACCCAUGCGAUUACAUAUACAUAUCCUAUUGACAGCUCGCAUACAAGUUUGGGCGUGCGUGUUGAUCAUCCUUAAAGCUCUAUGACAAUGGCGAUUUUAGCUGCAAUUUCACCGGUUUGUGAGGUUUACAGAGCGAUAUAAAUAUUUUUAAAAGCAAGUGGAUAUUAGUUAAAGGUUAAUGGACAUCGUAGAAAGACAACAAUAGAUAAAGUCUUAAGUAUUCUAAUGUUAUCUUUGUAUUGGCUCAUUUAGAAUAAAACACCAAUAUUUAGGAAGGGGUUAUGCGAUAUCGCUCUAUUAUGACGACAAAAGUUGCACUAGGGUAAAGUUAAACCCAUAAAAAAAAUAUUUAACUGUUAACAUGUAAUAGUUCAAUAGACACUAAAGGAAACAACGAAAUUAGUGGUUAAUAAAGUGUGUUAGUCUAAUAUGUAUUUCACGGGCUUAGUGACUUCACCCUAAACUUUUCGAAAACGUCAUGAAACUUCCACAAAAUCUCAACUGGAACUGCACUUAAAAAGACAAUAUAUUGCAGGUUCAUGACAACGAGUCUCAAAGUAAACUCUUUUAAUUCCAGAUAUAAGCUUUAUCACUUGGAGCUAAGUUUUUAAACGACAACUUUUGCUUUAUGAAAAAUUCAACUUUAUAACACCUCGCAACAAGACCAAGACAAGUUAAAUCUUUUUCAUAGAAGUCGAUGUCCUACACACAUCAGUCACCAAGACAAAUUCUAUGACUCUUAAGGCCGAUUUCCACGAUGCGAUUGUAGUAUAUGACUCUUAAGGCCGAUUUCCACGAUGCGAUUGUAGUAUAUGACUUGAUGCAUGUGACCCGAAUCAUACCAUAUAAACGGUCAUUCGUCAGGUCGUACACGACCCUAUGACUUGUCGUUCGAACCUUAACACACGAAGAAAUUGCAUUGUGUAAAUCGGCCUUUUUAGGGAAUAUUGACUUACUUGAAAUAAAACGAUCAACCAUAAAAUGACUGGCAAACGGUUAAAGAAAAUAACAUGUUAACAAUAUAGGACUCAAUUAUGUUGUAACCCUGAAUACAUAAAGACAAGAAAUGUUCAAUGUCAACUAAUGUUCAAAUAUAAUGCAAGAACCACAGGAUCAAACUACUACUUUCUCUUCAUCUUUUGACGUUUGACUUCUUUUCGUACCUUGUCCGCCAAACGUUGUUUUUUGCCUCAAAAAAGCUCCUCAUCAUCGGUUCCGAAGACCAACCCGGUUUUCCAUGCUUUCUCAUCAUUUAUCACCCGUUCCCAAACGACCUCUCUUUUUACUGCGUUGUUUUCAAUCAUAUCCUGAGUUAACGAUAGGAGAUGGUCUGUUUGUUCAUCGGUGAACUUACUCCAUGAUGGCUUUGCAGAUUCAGAUGCGAUGGAUGGAGCUCUGGAAGACAUAAACCGUUCUAUCUUCUGUUCAGGAGACUCAACUUCAGUUGGUGGUUCUAAGUUUUUGGUAAAUUCUGAUCGAAGCCUUCUCACUUUCAACACAAUUGCCUUCAUGGAGUGUGUUUCCAACAGGUUGGAAGCACCAAGUUUAUCUCUGACAAUGUUUUCAGUUAUGUUACCAGUCUCAAUUUCAGACUUGAAUAAAUCUUGAAGUUUUGAGGUCUCUUCCUCGGUCCACUCGACAGGAAUUAUUGAUACCUAAAAGAAAUCAGAAUUCGUAUGCCAAUUGUUAUUCAAAUUACUACGAUUGGUAUGCAUUAUAAGAGUACUUACCUCUGUCUUUGCGCAGUUCAUGGUGAUAAAUUUUCUGACAGCACGACGCCCAAUAUCUGUUUCUCUAACUUUGUCAUUGAUGCGGUAAUAUUGAGCUUGUGUUUGAGGUUUGUGCUGUGCAAGGGCAGCCAGUUGUUCUUGAUCUUCAGGCAAAUGGACAUGCACUCCUGAUGCCAGAGAUUUUCUUAUCAAGGUUGCGGAGAUGCGACCGUGAAACUUCACACCCUCCCUUUGAAAUGUACGAGUCAGACACGUGGAUACUUGCGAUGAAGUAAGUUUAACGCCAUUGGUUGAAACGAACAUGUUAUCUGUGGCAUCUUUGACGUACUUAGGCCUCACCCUUGAGAUAUACGUAUUCACCAGAUUGUAAACAUCAGCAUGAAACCAUACAAUGGCUGCCCCAUAAACACCUCCUGUCUUGUGAUUCUUAACUGAUACGCGGUAUCUCUCUCCAUCUUCUUCUCCAGCGUACAGUUUAGCAUCUUUGAAUUCCUCCACUGUUAUAUUUGCUGCAAUACCACUUCUUCCGGAGUUGUCAAUUAUUAAUCUUGUAAUCAGCCAAUCCCUUACUUCGCAAAAGGUCUGAUCGUUGACCAGCACAGGUUCUCCACAAGCUUUGCUUUUCUCCGCAGCUGUUCCAAGCGCUUUAAUUAUGUUUAUUCGCUGUUGUCCAUUUGACACUUUAUAUAGAUCUUCGCUAGAAAGGAGUUUUGCAAAGUCCAUGUCAUGUUUCUCUAAUUUCCUUUUCAGCACCUUCUUUCUUUGAGCAGAUGACCACGAAGUUAAAAGAUCUCUCCUUGCAUGAAGUGUGUCUAAUCUAUCUUGCCCUUUCUCUUCUUGCACAAGGAAUUUAAGGAAUAGCCUAAGGCUCAUUAGGUAUGAUCUAAUGGUUCCAGGUUGAUACUCCUCAGAUAGUUGACCCAACCACUUCCUCAACAUUACCACUCCGUCAUGCCCCUCGACAGUAACAAGAUCUAUUUCAUUUGCUGCUUGAGGGAAAUCUUCUGAAAGAACUUUCAUGAUGCGUUUUACCUGUGACUUGUACUGACCAGCCACUUUUGCGCAGCGAUAACCCCCGUCUACGUCUAUCAACCAGGAAUGAAACUCGUUAAGCAGUGGGCUGUCAUCACUACUAUCAUUGUCUUCAAAACUGACAUCAUCUUCCAUCUCUUCAAGACAGUCGUCAUUAUCAUCAUCAUCGCUAUCGUAUACUGAUGAUUCAUCAUCAUUCAUAACUUCCUUAGGCACUUUACCUUGUGAAAGAUUGCUUUGGGAGUCAGUAUUACCAGCGUUCUUUUUCUUUCAAAAACAACAUCAACCACGCUCUUCCAUUCUGGUUCCACACGAAGAAAAUCGAGAUUAUCUACGUUUUCCACGAAAUCAGUUAAAAUGUCAUCCCUUUCUUGCAACGAGCAGUUAUCUGACAAGCUUCCAGUGCUACACUCUGAUUCGGAGUCCAGGGAAGGGUGAUAGUUUGGGUCUAAAAUUUCCUCUUCUUCACUGUCGCAUAUAACUAUUUCACUAGAUUUGGUAUUACCAGCCGUCACUGGUGGUUGAGGUGGUUGGAUUACUUGGUCAGCAUUUUUGCGGUUGUUUAACUCUUCAGAUAGCUCGGCAUCGCUUUCACACUGGGAGGACAUCAUAGACACUAACUGUUUAAAGCUUCGCUUCUUGCACUCUUCAUUUCUUUUCCACACGUUAUCCACAAGUUGAUCAUACUCCAAAUCGCUGUCAUGGUCAUCAUGUGUAUCACCUACCUUUGAUUCCAUUUGAUCCAUUACUUUUUCAUACUCCAAAUUACUGUCAUGAUCAUUGCCUGAAUCUCCACUUUCUUCAUUAUGUAGCUUGUGUUCCACUUUAUCAACUUGCUGAUCAUACUCUAAUUUGCUGUCAUCAUCAUUGUACGUCUCUCUUACCUUUGAUUCACAACUUUCUUCAUUAUGUAGUUUGCGCUCCUCUGCAUUACUAUUGGAGGAGGUCGGUGCGAGGUGCCCAGGGUUACUCACGUUUCUGCUGAUAGUUGCUUCUCCUUCAGGAUUUUCUAAUAAUUGAUCAUCCGAGUCAUUUUCAAUUUCUUCCUCAGCUUCGAUUCUAUUCACCAAACUAUACUCAUUUUCCUUGUCACCCUUGUAAAAUUUCACCCUUUUGCGGCCUUUCCACGUACAGGUGAUUUUGAUUCGAUUUUUUCUUUUUAGGACCAUCUUUAGUUGUGGCGCUCUUUGCUUUGGAUUUCUUUCUCUUGGCAAUGUGAUCUCGUAGCUCUUGAAGCCCAAUUCUCGGAGCAGAUUUAAGCGCAUCUAAGUAUUGGUUUGAGUUGGGAUUAAGCUUGUGGAUAUUUGACUGUAAAUGAUGAUGAAGUUGAAAGACACCUUUCUUUGAAUGCUUGCAUGGAGAUAACGGACAAAACUUUAUCUUCCUAUUAGGCGCUUUCUUGUUUCCAUUUAUAUAUACAUCUACCUGACGAAAAAUCUUAUUCACUUUAUGUACAUCCUUCUGAUGACGAGAUAAAUUUAUAACUGAUUUCCCACAUCUCGAACACACUUUAGAUUCCCGAGACUUUUUCCUUAUUUCAGAACUACCUUCCAUGGUUACUAUAAUACAAACAAAUAGAAAACUGAUCUCAAUGAUAGAGUUGACAAUGGUUAGCACAGCAUAACAGAUGAGUAGAAUGAUCUGACAAUGAUCAACACAGCAUAAAAGAUAAUUAAAAUGAUUUGACAGUGAUGAACACAGCAUAAAAGAUGAUUUCAAUGAUUUGAAAGUGAUAAACACAGUAUAACAUGAUUACAAUGAUUUGACAGUGAUCAACAGAGUAUAACAGAUGAUUUAACAGUGAUCUACACAGCAUAACAGAUGAUUAGAAUGAUUUGAAAGUGAUCAACAAAGCAUAACAGUUGAUUAGAAUGAUUUGACAGUGAUAAACACAGCAUAACACAUGAUUGCAAUGAUUUAACAGUGAUCAACACAGCAGAACAGAUGAUUAAAAUGAUUUAACAGUGAUCAACACAGCAUAACACAUGAUUGCAAUGAUUUAACAGUGAUCAACACAGCAGAACAUGAUUAAAAUGAUUUAACAGUGAUGAACACAGCAGAACAGGUGAUUAGAAUGAUUUGACAGUGAUCACUAGAGUAUAAGAAAUGAUUGCAAUGAUUUAACAGUGAUCAACACAGCAUAACAUAUGAUUAAAAUGAUUUAACAGUGAUGAACACAGCAGAACAGAUGAUUAGAAUGAUUUGACAGUGAUCACUAGAGUAUAAGAAAUGAUUGCAAUGAUUUAACAGUGAUCAACACAGCAUAACAUAUGAUUAAAAUGAUUUAACAGUGAUGAACACAGCAGAACAGAUGAUUAGAAUGAUUUGACAGUGAUCACUAGAGUAUAAGAAAUGAUUGCAAUGAUUUAACAGUGAUCAACACAGCAUAACAUAUGAUUAAAAUGAUUUAACAGUGAUCAACACAGCAGAACAGAUGAUUAGAAUGAUUUGACAGUGAUCACUAGAGUAUAAGAAAUGAUUGCAAUGAUUUAACAGUGAUCAACACAGCAUAACAUAUGAUUAAAAUGAUUUAACAGUGAUCAACACAGCAGAACAGAUGAUUAGAAUGAUUUGACAGUGAUCACUAGAAUAUAAGAAAUGAUUACAAUGAUUUAACAGUGAUCAACACAGCAUAACAUAUGAUUAAAAUGAUUUAACAGUGAUGAACACAGCAGAACAGAUGAUUAGAAUGAUUUGACAGUGAUCACUAGAGUAUAAGAAAUGAUUGCAAUGAUUUAACAGUGAUCAACACAGCAUAACAUAUGAUUAAAAUGAUUUAACAGUGAUGAACACAGCAGAACAGAUGAUUAGAAUGAUUUGACAGUGAUCACUAGAGUAUAAGAAAUGAUUGCAAUGAUUUAACAGUGAUCAACACAGCAUAACAUAUGAUUAAAAUGAUUUAACAGUGAUGAACACAGCAGAACAGAUGAUUAGAAUGAUUUGACAGUGAUCACUAGAGUAUAAGAAAUGAUUGCAAUGAUUUAACAGUGAUCAACACAGCAUAACAUAUGAUUAAAAUGAUUUAACAGUGAUGAACACAGCAGAACAGAUGAUUAGAAUGAUUUGACAGUGAUCACUAGAGUAUAAGAAAUGAUUGCAAUGAUUUAACAGUGAUCAACACAGCAUAACAUAUGAUUAAAAUGAUUUAACAGUGAUCAACACAGCAGAACAGAUGAUUAGAAUGAUUUGACAGUGAUCAACACAGCAUAACAGAUGAUUAGAAUGAUUUGACAGUGCUCAACAAGGCAUAACAGAUGAUUAGAAUGAUUUGACAGUGCUCAACAAAGCAUAACAGAUGAUUAGAAUGAUUUGACAGUGAUUAACAAAGCAUAACAGUUGAUUAGAAUGAUUUGAAAUUUAUCAACACAGCAGAACAGAUGAUUAGAAUGAUUUGACAGUAAUCAACACAGCAUAACAGUUUAUUAGAAUGAUUUGACAGUGAUCAACAAAGCAUAACAGUUAAUUAGAAUGAUUUGACAGUGAUCAACACAGCAUAACAGUUGAUUAAAAUGAUUUGACAGUGAUCAACACAGCAUAAGAGAUGAUUGCAAUGAUUUGACAGGGAUUGAAAUAGGAUAAGAGAUGAUCACAAUAAAUAAUAGCAUCGAAAAUAACUUAUCCAAAGUCCUGAAACAUCGAUCGAUGUUUUGUUGCUAUCAAGGGAAUUUCUGUUUAUAAAAAGCAAUUUUAUUUUUUUUAAGUAAGAGCUUUCACCCACUUCAUUGUUAGAACAAAGCAGAAAAAAUGCAUUCUACGAUUCAUAUCUAUAUGAUUUGGAACCGAUAAUUAUGUAAGAUAUUACGAAGGCCAAUCAUUCUUCAAGUUUAUCGGCUUUUUUCUCAAAUAUUGUAAAAAAUAUAUCGACACUUAUACCUUGGAUGCUUGCAAAGCGUAUUUCGUUGAUAACCACUUGCUUAAGGGACGAAAUAUAACAAGAAACCUACGUUGAUCUUAUUUUCUUACUUACGUUUGAAAGUUGCCGUCAUCGACGAACACGUGAAACACGAAAACGAAAGUUGAAGUGUGUGAACGCUGACCGCUAAUGAUGUACUUCUUCGGUAAUAAACCGUAGAACCAAAAAAUAGUUUUCUUUAAUAUGAAACCUUGAAAUAGGUAAAAAUUUGUCAAAUACCUAUUUUGAGUAUUUGCUACGUAACAAAAACCCAUUUUGAGUAUUUGCUACGGUAACAAAUACCCACUUGGGAGUAGCAAAGACCCAGAUGAGUAUUGGCUACCGUAGCAAAACCCAUUGAACGUAUCAAAUACCCACAUGGGUAUUUCCUACCGUAGCAAGUAAAAACCCACAUGGGUAUUUCCUACGUAAAAACCCUCAAUGGGUAUUUUGUACCGUGUAGAAAAUACCCACAAGAAUCUAACCACUCAAAUCAGAUCUCUCUCUCUCUCUCUCUCUCUCUCUCUCUCUCUCUCUCUCUCUCUCUCUCUCUCUCUCUCUCAUAUUACUUUGGUUUUUUGAAUAGACUGACAUGCUGCCUACAAAACUGUUUGUAAUUUUAUAAUCCUUCUCAAAAAGUAACUCGCUAAGUUGAAACCAGAGGUAUUUGCAGUUAAAAAUUAUAUUCAUUUAACCAAGGUAAAUUUCAUCCAUUUUAUUAUCUGAAUUCUCCAAAACAAUUUGCUUGUUGUAAAACAUUGAACAAAAUUUUGAGUUCUACUAUAAAUAAACUUUCAAUAAUUCUACAAGUCCCAUGAAUUGACAUUUCUAAGGUACAUUUCACAACAGCAACCAAAGUAAUUUGAUAAAUAAAAGUUGCAUUAAAUCCCCAUGUGUCUAGCUAGAAAAAGCAUUGCACUUGACUUCUGUUUUUCAGUGGAAGAAAGACAAGAUUUACAUAUGCCCUUGAAGCAGACAAACAAAUAGAGUCUCAUAACUUCAAAACAUACAUUUAGAUUUACUUACAAUUUGACUUUCCUUGACUUUUAAAACUGGACAGAGGUAAUUCUUUGCAGAUAAAUUAUCAUGAGAAAAGUGAAAUUUUUUCCAUGAGAUCAGUGAAGAAGAAAAGUGACUGUGACAGUCAUUUAACUUGAGUUUGCCUGCCAAACCAGUGCUGUUACACUAUGCAGACUUUCUUUUUUUCAUACCAGCUCUCUAAUUAUUGAGUGUCAAAUCAUGGGAGAUACUUCAAAGUUUGCUAGGAGGCCUUUUAAAUCACCCUUAUCAGUAUAUAUGCACAUAAAGGUGUUUUCAUGAAGGCUUGCUUUUAAUUUACACUACCUCUCUUUUCUCUACCAUCUACUUGCUCAUAAACUGUUCAGUUUAUGAGGAUCUUACUGUCAUUCCUUUGAAGAGCAUUUGGUUACAUUUUAGAAAACUGAAAAUGUUAUUCACUAGCCUAGGUCGGUCCAUAUUUGGAAAAACUGUGCCCUCUGUCAUGAGUACCACCUACAGCCUCGGGAAGUAUCCAAGAAAUCAGGCACAGUUUAAUAUGGACCUCCCAGCUGGUGAAUAACAUACAUAUAACCCUGACCACUGUUAGUCUUAGUUUGACUUGUGUUCUCCAAGGAUUUUUAUAGUAGCACCCACCCCUUAUGAAAUAUAAGGUUGCAAAGGUCAAAAUUUAUUUGAGAUGGAGAUAGGUAUUUUUUCUUAAAUGUGGCUUCAGAAUGGAGUAGCUGGUAAAACUGCUUGUUGUUGGUGCCUCUGGAGAACACACUAUGGCUCCCUCUUCUUCAAACAAUGCAUUUUUUUUUCUUUAAUUGUACAACGUUGAAGACAGGAACAAGAUUUGGUGACUUGAAAUGUGGUACACUCUAAACUCCAAUUUUUGAUACUCUAAAGUGUCUACCAGAAUGAUAUUCAUCAACAAAGGUUUUUGAGAUUUGCUGCACCCAUGACUAAUGAAAGUGUUUGAAUGCAUUCACAGAUUUCAAUGACGAUGAUUACAUCUGUGAUAAUGAUCUAAAAAAAGUUAUCCAGCGACUGUGUGGGGAGCAGAGGUUGUCUGAUGAGAAUGUGAAUGCUUUAAUUCAAAAGGUAAAUCAUCUAUUCAGCACAGUGAUCACUGAUAACAUCUUCAAAAGUAGUUUGCAUUUCUCAAGGAAUCUUUUUCUUCCUAUGUGCAUGGUAAAGCUAACAAUUAGCUGUCUUAUUUUAAUGAUGCUGGUUCACAGAGCUUGAAGGUACUUGUUUAUGCAAUUUACUGUUGAAAUAAUGUUGAUGAAUGGUUGGAAUGGUUGGAAAUUACCUGGCAAGGUAAAUUCAUGGGAGCUGAUGAUUAGGAGAGUAUUCAAUCAUUAAGUUUAUUUAUGGUGUUGAUUGGCAUGUUCAAACAGGUAGCAUUGUAAAUUUUACUCAGUACAAAAGGUGUGAAAGUAAUGUUGCUCUUUUAAGCAAUUGUCUCAAACAUCAGUAAAGAGCAGGAUUGAUGAAGAAAGUCAAGAAAGAGAGACUUUCCAUGAACUACAAUGUAUCAAAUUGUCUCCUAUCCAGGAUUUAGUGGUCUUGAGCUUGUAAAUAAUCUUGACUACUGAUAAUUUUAAUUUUCCAAGACAGAGCUAACUCUUAUAGCAGUUUCAAAGUGGCAGAGACACUAUCUAAAGUUUUUUUUUGCUUUAAACUUUGCUCCUAGGUUACAGGAAAUAUGCACUUUGAUUCAUAUCCAAAAACCCCAUUCAGGGGAAAUUUAACCUUUCAGUGAAAUAACUGUAACUGUCUUCAUUUUGUCCAGCCCUCCCACCCUCUCUCCAUGGAUAGUACCAGAACAUUCAAUCAAAUGUAUACUAUUGACAACAAAGAAACGUUUUCCUUAGUUGAGUCCUUUAUUUCAACAGCUAUUGCUUUGCGCAUAUUCUUUGAAAAUUGUAGGAAAAUGAAUUUACAACACAGCAUCACUCCAUUCAUCAUAGCAUUAAUUUGAUAAUAAUUUGAUAUUAAUUUGAUGAACUCUUGUGUAAUAUUUAUAAUCAUUCUUUAAAAUGGUGAAAUGCCAAAAAUUUACAAGUCACCUUAGAGGGAGAAUGAGGGUCCAAUGCACUGAUUUGUAAACAAUUGUAACAACCUUAAAGUCAACCAGCUGGCAAGACUUAUUACCCCUUUAAAUGUAUUACAGCAAUCCAAUAACCCUUUAACUCUUAAUCAUGAUUGAUAAGCAAAUUCUCCCUAAAACAUACAUACAUACAUUAUCCAGCAAACAGGUCAUGAGAAUAUUCAAACUUAUCAAGUAAAACUUGUUAUCUUGAUCCAAAACCAACCUUUUGUAACUAAUUUAAAAGGAAAUGUCUAGCAUGUGGAGGGGAGAAUUAACUAUCAGAUCUUGAGAUUUUAAUGGGUAAAGAAAUUUCACUUCAGUUAUCAACUAAUAUGUCACACAAAGAAAAUUUAAAAAAAAGCAGAAAAGUUAAGACUAGCAGUUCUCUAUCUACUCCAGCUCUUUUUUUCAAAGCUUGUAGGAAUGUCUUGGAAGUCUCAACUGUCUUCUUUAUAUUCUCUUCAUUUGUCGCCAUUUCUCUUUUUCAAGGGAAGGUUGGCAUCUGUUUGUGUAACUGGUAUACUAGGUAAUGGUUCAAAUUCCAGUUCUACACUUUUGGGCCUCUUGCCCUCAAUACUGUUGUGAUAUCCAUACAAAAAAUACACAAACAUUCCUGAAAUGACAGAGAAAUACAAUUAGUGAAAUAUGUUUUUUGUUCUGUAUGCCUUAGUGUUCUCUUUGAGUCAAGUCUGGUUCUUUUAAUGUUUAUCUGGUUGGUUCAAGGAGUAAGCACUUUUCGGGAAGGGGCAACCACAAGUGAUGAACGUUUUCCCAUGCUCUUAUUAUUGACGCUGUUGAUAUAAAUUAGUAGAGUUUGAUUUCCACAGUUGAGAAGGUCAUUAGAAUUCUGUUUUCCAUUUUCUUGCAUCACUGACUUUGUGUCCAUUUGGAAGGUAUUCACAAGUCUGUUACAUAACUUUUUUGGUGUCAUCAGAGGAUUAAUUAAAGGAGUGGCAAAAAUUUUAACUCUUAACUGUUGUGUUGGUGGUUUGAAAAAAAAAUCUAGACACAAUUGUCUUCUUGGAAGCAUAGUUAUGAUAUUGAGUUUAGUUUUGUAGUUUUUCCACUUUACUGCCUCAUUGUUCGUUCUCGAACGCGGCUUAUUAUCGUUAAGAUUUGGAUAUGAUUAGUUUUUCAUGUUUCGUUGCCUUUUUUGCGUUCAUGCUUCGUUGCCUAAUAUGGUAUAUUUUAUAGUUAUUAGUUGUAUCAUCCAUAUUUUGUAAUUGUUUUGAGGGCCACAGAGUCAUCAGUAUCUUAGGGCUACUUUUAAGUGUUUUUACCCUCUCUGAAUAAAGCCUAUUGUUAUUAUUUUUGGAUUAAGGUGUGGCGCGCAAUAACUUUUCUGCGAACUGUGAAAUUUUCUUUCAUAUUACUCUAUGUUGUUGGAGUUCACUAGAAGUAUCUCGGCAAGAUAUGGAUACUGUGAAUACUGUGAAUACUGAUUUUGUACAUAGACUGCAUGGGAUAAAUUUGACAUAGAUUACCGAGAUAAGGCGUUUAGACUGCUAUUGUUUGUUUGGCAUCGUUGAACAUUUUAUUCCAUUAUUUUAUGCUGGAAUGAAAAGAGAAUUAUGAACCAAAAUGGGGCAAACUUGUGGUUUCUUUACUAAUGUUUCCUCUUCUUUUACAAACAUUUUUCGUGCCAAUAGUGGUUUGAGUAAUUUUUUGAUGCGUGGGUAACGGUUGAGUACCUCUGAUCCUAAUGGAAAAACUAUCCAGCGAAACGUCACGAAUAGCUCAACUUAAGUCUAAAGUUUGUCAUUAAUUGGUUAUUCGUCGCGCACCAAAACAAUUAUAGUGCUCUAUCCCACGUGCGCGACUGAACUAGCGCGCGUCUUUAGCGCGCGCCAAAGACGCGCUUGUUUUCGCGUGCGUGGAAACGCGUUUACUUUCGCACGCGCGGAUUCCCUCCGCGAGAAGAAUGUGCUUGUUACUGCUAGUGAGGAGUGUGCUCUUGUGUUUUGGCGCGUAAUAUGAGUGUUUGUUUGUGCUUGUGCGAAAUUAAAUAUGCGCGUAGCUGUAUGCCCUUAUGUGUGAAAUCAGCGAUUCCGCCAAGUUUCGCUGAACUGAAAGAAAAUACAAUUUGUACAUACGAAUAAAAAAUGCUACUUACCUAUGGUUAUCCAAAUUGUGCAUUUUAUGUAGGUGUGUGUUUGAAACAGUGUCAUCAAGAACGUGUUUAUAAAUAUACUGAGUGAUGGAAGAAGAGGAACGCAUGGAACCAUAAACGAAAAAGUAGCACUGUUCCGGGGCUGAAAUAGAAGAACUAUAAGACAGGCUAUUGUGAUGGACGAGUAAAGCGCCACGGGGAAGAUCGUGAAAGCAUCAAUAUUCUCUGAGUUAGUCAUCCAAGUUCUGAGAUAUACGCAAACGGCAAACAUGGAUAGAAUCAUGACGAAUACCGUGACAUUCGCUAUGGUGUUAGAGCACUCGCUUGGACUAGCGUGACAGGUUGUCGUGACACUGUCACUCUCGGACAGCGGAAGUUUCUUGUAGUUGUCAUUCUUUCCUCUCCUUCUCUUCUUCAGUAACGUUCGAAGCCAAGAUUGCGUUCGUUCCAAUAAUUGCUCUUCAUAGCAUACCCACUGGGGAUUUUUUUGGUAGCGAGUAAGUAUCACUGAUAUAGACACCAUGGUGUAAGUUAUAAGGGUCAUAAUGGCCAUCAUCUCCACUAACUGUUGCAUGUUAAACAGAAACGCAAGCAGCGCGCUCAGAACUCCACUGACAGCCACAGCUCGCAAUGGAACCUGUCUGUCCUUGUUUAUUUUAGUGAAGCAACCAAAAAUGAGACCGUCAUACGCAACAGCGUAAAUCAGACGCGGUGUCGCGAAACACGCUGCCAGCAAACUACUCAGCAUCGCGCAUAAGGCGCCAACGGAAACGAUGUACGUUGAUGCAGCAAAUCCACUUUUGGCGAAGGCGGCGGCAACGGGUGCAAGGUCCUUUAACUGAUAAUAAGGAACCAUCAUGGUCAGAACUACGAUGACUCCGAUGUAAACAAACAGGCUUAUUCCCAAAGACAGAAGAAUAGCCAGUGGUACAGACACCUUGGGGUUGACAGCUUCCUCGCUCGCACUUGGUAUAGUAUCGAAGCCUAUGAAGCAAUAGAAGCAGCUAGAGGCAGCUGUAAAUAUACCUGUCCAGCCGUACGGCGCAAACUUCUCCAAAGUGGACCAGUUGUAAGUAUUGGCAUGGUAGGCCCCGGCAAAGAUAACGAAAGUUGCUAUGAGAAGGUUGGCAAAGACUGUCACGUCCAGUACGGUUUUGGACUCUUUCACCCCCAGGCAGAUUAUCAUUGUCGCUAAAAAAACCAACGUAAAGGCUAAAAGAUCGGGAAGCUCUGAAAGCGCCGGCGCUUGCCAAAGGCCGAAUGAAUCCUCGAAGAAUUUGUACACAGAGCCAUUGGAGAGAAAAUUAAUGUACUCGCUACAGGCCGAUGCCAGGGACGCGGCGGACAGAACAUACUCGGUAAUCAUACACCAGCCGGUCACGAAGGCCCAGAUCUCUCCCAUGCCAACGUACGUGUAGAUGUAGCCAGAACCGGAGCGGCUUACUCUGGACGAAAACUCCGCAUAAUUCAUACCGGCCAGGAGGGAAGCUACAGCCGCAAUUAGGAAGGACACGAUGACGGCUGGACCCGCAACCGAGUGCGCAAGCUGACCGAUUACAACAUAUAGCCCUGCGUCUAUCAAGCCACCGAUACCGAGAGCUGUCAGAUCGAACACGUUCAUACAACGCUUAAAGGGUGUGUCACUCUGAGCAAAAUCAUCAGUUUUCCUUCUGGUCAAGCUUUCAAUGAAUUUAUAACCAUACAUCGCGACCGCGUUGUGGAUGGAAUUCUUGUAAAUAAAAAUUUCAAUGCGAUGCGAAGGCGCGCACCCCAAGCGUAUACAGUCCAGCAAUCUUGUUUUUUUCUAGUUGUACGCCGCUCAUUUGAAUAUUGACUUUGGACGCGCUCGACCAUAAACAGUCGGCAUUCAAGCAUGAAAUAAUAUUAUUUUUUGUCGAGUGCGGAGGCGUUCAGGAUUGUUCUGGUAACAUGGUAAACGCUCGUUUGGAGUCGCACACAUUUUUCUGCCAUGUUGCCGUGUCUAUCUGAAAAAUCUUAUUAGGCUUUGAUGGGUCUGAAUUGUUUUGCGGAUUGAAAAAUUAUUUCGCGUCGAGACAAUUGGAAUCUUCUAGUUCUAAGAAUAGUGAUGAGACAACGAAAAUCUAAUUAUAAACUGAACCAUCCACUUUUACGAGUAUUCCAAGUAGAAGUUUUGGAUUUUUUUUGUUUUCGCUUUCCCCUGAUUCGGUUUUUACAAGAAACUUGUUUAGUUAUUUCUUACGAUGUCUUUACGAGUUGAAAGAUGUCUUCUUAAUGCAGUAUGUGAAGCGUAAAAAACAGGGUUUCUCUAUUGUUCCAAAAGAAUUACACAAGCUUCUUUUUUACUCCUUUGCGGCCAUUUAAAUCCCUUUUUGUUUUUCAUUCAUACGCAAAUUAAACCUUUUCUGAGCUCUUCUUAGUAGUUUUUUUUUACCAUUCAUCGAAGCGGAAACGAUAUUAGUGGUUUAAAGUUUGUUUACGCUUGUUUCAAAUCAUUGCUUUUUACUGAAGGCGUUUUUGUUCUGAAAGCUGAGGACUUUGGACAGAAGCGCUGAAGCGUUGUUCUUGGCGCCAACGCGCCUUAAAUAAUAAACAACCAAAACAUAUUUUACCUUUCCGUUAAAACAGCUCUAUAAACCAAAAACUGUUGUCUGACGAAUAAGUUUUCUUGUGCUCGAUAGUUCUGGAUCAAGCCAAAACUUCAACGUAACAUGUAUUGAUAUUGAGCAGUCUGAUCCUGGAGCGUCUUCCAACCAAGCCACUCUCAUUAAAUUUUUUUGAAAGUUCCAAACCAUAUAAAGGGUGGAACACACAGAAUAUUGUUUAUGCCUUUAUUUUUUACACCUCGUAAUACAAGAGAUUGCAGAUAUUAGUUGUGAGGCUACGAAAUUGCAAAGUUAUUCGAAUGGAACUUUAGGAUUGUGGGCGGCAAAGAAUUUGACCGACGCCGUCUUACUUCAGUAAUUUUAAUUUUUUAUGACAUCAUAGAAACAAAACACCAUUCAUUUAGAGGAAUUCAAAGCGUUAAUCGAUUCUGUAGUCAAUAUCAUUUGUUUACCUCUUGUCGUUCAUCAAGCUAACUUUUCGUAAGGUUUUCUUUCAAAACCUUGCUUGGAAUCUUAGAGUUCAACGUUGGGCUUCUUUCAUCUAUUGUAAAAUUAUUACAAGUUAUUGAUUUUACUGGGUAACCAUACAUUAUGUAAGAGUUAGUUAGACCCUCUUGGGUUUCUGUUGAUAUAGUAUUUAGGGGGGGUGGGAGAGGGCUUCCCUUAGUCUCUCAAAGCGAGGCUCAAGCGACAUAGAGUCAGCAUUUAUUGGGACACUUGAGGAACAUUCUUACACAGACAUUUUCGACAAAGUAGAAAGAGUGCUAGAAGGUUAGCUGAUAAGAGUGACCAGCAUCUAAUUUCUCCUUACAGUAAUACUACAAAUGUUUCAUUAAGAUCAUGGAAAAAAAGGAAAUGAUCGCCAACCUUAGAAACUAACUGUUAAAUGAAUUUUCCCUGUCAACACCUCACGAAUAGGCCAUUUUACAGUUGUGUACUUAGUUGCCAAGCCUUUGAUUUGGAGUGAGGCUGAAGGUGACCUUGUUGUGCUAGAGACCAGAAUCUAGUUAGCAUGAUAACAAAGUAAUUUGCAUUUGAAAAGCAGCAAGGUUUGUAUCAUAACAAGGUUACCCUUAGCCUCAUUCCUGUUCAAAGGCUUGGCAACCAAGCACACAACUGUAAAAUGGACUUUUGUAUGGAGAAUGGUAGGGAGAAUAUUUAUGCUGAUGUUAGGGUGUGAAGGUUUAACUUGCAAUAUUUAAUGAGUUAUGUAAAAUUUCUUGGCUAAUCAGUUAAGAAAAUUUGGUAUCAUAUCACCAUAACAUUCUCUAGCAAUAGGCUGUUGGUAAUUUUUUUGGGCUUGAAAAUGAAUGAUACUUGUACAGAAGGUUGAAAGAAUGACCAUCUUACACUUGGAUUCAUUCCAGAUAUUUGACGAAGCUGAUCUGGAUGAUGACAGUCAACUUUCUUUUGCUGAAUUUGAGCACGUGAUAUCAAAGGCACCAGACUUUGUUAAGUGA